UCCUACUUGGCGUAAACACUGAGCGAUUGUUACGACGUUCGUCGGAUGGAUACGCUAACUUUCCGCUGUUGCAGACAUCUAUUAAAGCGAACGCAAAUUGACAUCGUAUCACUGAGAUACGGGCGGUUGCACUGAGAAGUCAAUAAUUAUGUCUGAUGUUCAAAAUGCAUGUGGGUCUUUUUCCUUUGAGCCAUGGUUAAUGUUAUAACUGCCUGAGUUACUCUUGGUUGUUUUUCCUCUUUCCGUAAGCAAUUGUAACAUUCCAGGGAGAUGGCAUUUAAAGUCCACACAUCUUUGCCGCGAUUUUACGGAAUAGUUGCAGCACUUUACGUGGUAUUUUGUAGCGUUAACGCUUUCAAUUUCCCGGGUAGGGGACAGGACAUUGAUACCAUGUUAGUACGGAGUCGAAGCAUACAGUCCAUCCGGGACUCGAUCCUAAGGACACUUGGCAGGGCCUCUACUAACAUCAGAGAUAGAAUGCUACCGGAACCGCAGAAUAUGACGUCGCCUGCGACAACACUAGAGCCCGAAUUUAUUUCCGAAACUCAAGAAAUCAUUGCCUUUUCCGAACCAGUUGAAAAUGUGACGAGUGACAACGUUUUCAAAUUCUCAUUGACAAAGGACAAUCGCACACACGAGAUUCAAAGUGCAAGUGUACUCGUACAAGUGAGAUUUAAGAGACGGAAAAAGAACUCUAAACGGAUAUCCAAGAAGAGAAGGAAAGUGAGAGCACAACGAAUAAAGCUCAUUCUGAGUACCGUUGAUGAUAAAGGACAUAUAAUCCAACAAGUUUCCUCAAGAAAAGCAAAAAUUUCUAGAACAAAUUGGUUUAAGCUGUUCCUGCCAAAAAAUCUGAUUAAGAGAGCUCUGAAUUCUGAUAAUGCCAGCAUCAAGUUGUACAUCCGCUGUAAAGGCUGCAAAAAGUUUGCCAAACUGGUCCUUUUGCAUGGCACAAAACGGAAGCGGAAGCGUUCAAAAACAUUUAAACGGAAGGGGAGGCGGCACCGUUUAAGAUCUAGGACACCGCAUAGAAGAAAGCUAAGUCGAACAAGACCGUUUUUGCUUAUCCAUACAAAAGUAAAUAUCCGGAACAAGAGACACGCCAAUGAAUGUGAUAGACAAAAGAACCAGUGUUGUAAAAUUCCAUUUUCGUUUUCUUUUGCGGAGGCCGGCUGGAGUGAUUGGGUUAUUUCUCCGCAAUCUUUCAAAACUCAUGUUUGUAGUGGAGGUUGCAAUUCUGGUCUCAAUUGGAACCGGAAGUAUAAUUACACAUACAACUGCGUUGACAAAAAACACAAACCUUUGCGUAUUAUGUACUUCGACAAAACUGGAACUUUCAUAACAACUAAACUUCCUAGAAUGAUAGUUACUGAAUGCGGUUGUUCAUGACAGGAACAUGUUAAAAUUUAUAUAUUGGAAAAUGACGUUUAGUCAAUCAUAUUGAUUUGCAAUGGCCUUACAAUUGCUAUUACUUUCCGCUUUACAUAUCAUUACCAGGCAAUAACUCAUUCACAUUCGGAUUCCUAUAGUGUGGAUAUCCACGGAAUUAAAAUCCUCCUCGAACAGGCUGUCAGUAAGAACGACUACUCUUGUCAAACCAAGGGAAAAAAUCUGACCCUACGAACGAAAACAAGUGAACAAGUGAUUUUUCCAUAUUAAAAUGCAAUGGGUUUUAUAUAUAUAUAUAUAUAUAUAUAUAUAUAUAUAUAUAUA